AUGCGUUUGUUAAAGACUGAUACGCUUGAGUUUCGAGACUUUGACUAUGGCAACAUUCCGGAGUACGCCAUCUUGUCACAUCGAUGGGGCAGCGAAGAGCUUACCCUCCAGGAGUUGGAAGCAGGCGUAACUAACAAGCAAGGAUACAAAAAAGUGCAGCAGUUCUGCUCAAGAGCCAAAGCUGACGGGUUCGAUUAUGGCUGGGUUGACACGUGCUGCAUAAACAAGGCGAGCAGCGCGGAGUUGUCAGAGGCCAUCAAUUCCAUGUACCUCUGGUAUUACCAAGCUGAGAGGUGCUACGCCUAUCUCGUGGAUGUCCCAUCAAAGUCCAAUAUUGAAAAUAGCGAGUGGUUUGCCAGAGGAUGGACUCUGCAAGAGCUCGUUGCGCCCUCGGAGGUUUACUUUGUUGAUGAGCAUUGGAAUGACUUGGGAACAAAGAAAGACCUGCAACAAGUCGUGUCUAAGUGCACUGGUAUACCCAUCAGCAUCCUCUCAGGCGAUGACGAUCUUGAAACAGCCAGCAUUGCACAGAGAAUGUCAUGGGCUGCCAACCGAAAGACACAAAGGCUUGAAGAUCGGGCUUACAGUUUGAUGGGAAUCUUUGGCAUCAACAUGCCUUUGCUGUAUGGAGAAGGCGAGCGAGCCUUCAUUAGACUGCAGGAGGAAAUUAUGAAAGUCUCGGAUGAUCAUAGUAUUUUUGCAUGGGAAUAUUCCGACAAUCGUGGCGGACUACUGGCAACUUCCCCCGAGGCGUUCAGAAACUCCAAAAACAUCAUUCCGUUCAAUCACUUCAAUGAUCAUAACGAUGCUUCGACCGCCCCCGAGGAUUGGGUCUCGCGAUUCUUCAUUGCAAACAGCGGGACAUUUGAAAGAGUCAGAUGCGAAAAGCUGGAACAGCUUGAUCUGAGAAAAUUUAGAUCCUCACAGUAUCCAAUGAGAAAUCUAUGCGUCCAAACGGGGAGAAUGACGCCUAUUCGCAGAUCUAAGAACCUUGGGAAGAAUGGUAACACUAACCAAUACGAUAUUUACGACAAUGACACCCUGGAGCAACUGAUAAGUCUUUCGGAUCCAGCAGCUUUAUUACGCGCUGCCGAAUCCGGAUCUGAAGAUCGCGUAUGGCUGCUACUGACACGGGAUGACGUUAUGAUCGACUGGAUGGAUGAGCGCAAAGAGUAUGCCUUGUUGCGCGCAAUAGAUGGCGGUCAUGAGAACAUUGUCAAGAUACUACUUGCUCGUGGUGCCAAUUCUGGCUACAUUGCCGGCACAUUUAGGACACCCUUGUUGUUUGCAGUCCAAAGAGAAAACAAGUCAAUAGUCAAGCUACUACUUGAUAACGGGGCCAAGGUCGACUUCAAAGAUGAAAAGCUUGUGGAGACACCGUUGCUAACAGCGGCCGAAAAGGGGCUUGAGGAUAUUGUUGAACUUCUGCUGGACAAAGGCGCCGACAUCAACUCUUGUGAUCGGCCCAGUAAUACGCCGCUGCGGGUAGCUUCCAAGGCAGGGCAUUAUGGUAUGGUCAGGCUGUUGCUUGACAAUGGCGCCAGAGUUGACUUUACACAUUCCCGCUACCAACACACGCCGCUACAAGAAGCCGCCGCAUGGGGACACGAGAGCGUUGUCGAGCUGCUGCUGGAAUGGGGCGCCGAUAUUAACUCACAAGACGCCAGGGGCCGGUCGCCGCUCUACUUGGCCUCUUCAGGUGGGCAUGAGAAUAUUGUUAGGCUACUCGUUGAAAGGGGAGCCGAGGUCGAUGAGAAAGUCAAGAUGCCAUCCUCGGGAUAUGAGACUGUUAACAAGGUAUUGCAAGAUAAAGAUAUAGAUUCGGGGGCUAAGCCAAAGAAAAAGACAUCAGGAAAUUUUUCCAUUAAUCUCUUCAAGAAGACUUGA